UCGCGUUUGACUCGAAUUCUCUUGAGUCAACCGGCUAUUCCGGUUGCCCCACACCAUAUAAGCCCUCGUAUUAUCUCCGUCUUCUCCCCCAAUCUCUUCUCUCUCAACUCAGAGCUGGAGUUCCCUGACUUUAAUGUUCGUCUGAUCAGAUCAUCCUCAUCCCUCCGUUCUUCUCCUUCAAUGGCCGUUGAUCUGAUGGGACUUGCGAAAAUGGACGACCAGAUCGCGAUCCAAGAGGCAGCGUCUGCGGGUCUGAGGAACAUGGAGCGUCUGAUCUUUCUGAUGUCCCACCAGAACCAGCCCCAAAACCAGUUUGACUGCCGAGAAAUCACCGAUUCCACGGUCUCCAAGUUCAAGAAGGUGAUAUCGAUCCUGAAUCGGACCGGUCACGCUCGAUUCCGACGCGGACCGAGUCAGACUGGAGCGACUCCGGCCCCAGUACCAGAAGCGCCUCCGGCGCAAACCCUAACACUUGAUUUCUCGAAGUCAAGCCCUAACCCUAACCCUAUCAUGGAGAUGGCGAUGAAUCGCUAUCCGCUGCCGGCUAAGGAGCACUUCAGUAUCUCGCCGCCGAUGUCAUCCACCAACUCCUCGUUCAUGUCGUCGAUCACCGCAGACGGCAGCGUUUCCAACGGCAAGCAGGGAUCGUCUUUCCCGCUCGCCGCCGUUCCGGCCGUCUCCGCCGGAAAACCGCCCCUCUCGUCUUCUUACAGGAAGAAGUGCCACGGCCACUCCGACGACGUUUCCGGGAAAUCCGCUGGUUCCAGCCGCUGCCAUUGCCCCAAAAGAAGAAAAUCUCGAGUCAAGAAGGUGACAAGAGUCCCCGCGAUAAGUUCGAAAAUUGCAGAUAUACCCCCCGACGAGCAUUCGUGGAGGAAAUACGGCCAGAAACCGAUCAAAGGAUCGCCUUAUCCAAGGGGCUAUUACAAGUGCAGCAGCAUACGUGGCUGCCCUGCGAGGAAGCACGUGGAGAGGGACCCGGAAGAUCCAACGAUGCUGAUCGUCACGUACGAAGGCGAGCACCGCCAUUCCCAAACUGCACCUCCGGAAGCGGCAGCUCUAGGCUUCGAUCCCCGGGACGGCCAGCUGUAAAAAUCAAUAGAUUCGAGGGGCACUACUGUAAAUUUAAACGAACGGAGCGUGUGAACCGAAACCCUCCCACCUACGUUAUAAAAUAUAUGAUUUAAGUGGA